UGGCAGAGUGAGAGAUGUGAGUUGCGGCCAAAAUUCAUUAUUAAAACGAACGUUAAGCGGUUGAGUUUGGUUUGCUUGGAAUAGCGGUUCUUUGUGGCGGCGGUGGUGUUGGUUAAUUGUGCUCUCCAGAUUUUUUUCUUUUGUCUAAAAUAGAAAUGUUAAGUGAAAUGUUGUUUCAAAUAACCAACACAAAUUGUGGUUAGGCCAUGAUGGAGCAUUAAGAAAAGUGUUGUUUAAAUUUAAAAAUAAAUAAAUUAAAAAGAAAAAAAAAAAUACUUACAUACACAUCUUGUUGUAAGAAAAGUCAAAUAGUUUGGUAACAGUGUUGCAAAGUAAUUUUUCUGUGGCUUAAAUGCGUAAAACCCAUAUCGAAAAACCAGUUUCUGGGCAGUUCACAAAUACACACAGCCAACUUUCGACACACACACACACGAAAGGGGAUAUGAUGGCGACAUCCACGGCUACCAGUUAAGAUCAUACCACACACAAAAGACACACUCUUUGGACUUGGCCAACAACAACGUCUUCGCCAGCAAGCCAUAAACAGUCACACUUUAAAGAAGAGUUAACCCAACAGACAGACAAACACAACUGCUGAUGCGGUAAUGAGUCAUCAUACAUCAUUGUAAAGCAGCGACCAACGUCAUUACCUACCUUUUGGUUAUUGUUGUUGACUUACAUAUGUAUAACAAUAAGAAAGAGUUAAAAAGUAACAAAAAACAAGUUAACAAUUAAUAUACAACAACACUAAACAAAUAAUAUUGCAAUUUAUGAGCAAACAGGGAGUGAGAGAGAGAGAGAGAGAGGUCGAAAUUCCAGAGGAAACUGCAAUGACAGUUGAUCAUUUUCUCUAUGAGAAAUAAAACAACAACAAUUGUUAAUAACAAACCCAAAUAAAAAAAAUCACAACAAUACACAAAAAUAAACAAUAAACAACACCUAUUAUCGCACACACACAUGUACAUCUAUUUGUACAUACAUUUCUAUAAUAAAAAUAGCUACGUGCAAAGUAAACCCUAACUGAAACCUGAUCAAGCUUGGCAUUGCUAUAAUAACAACAACAAAAGUUAUUUGCAACAAUUGGUGAUUAGAAAAGUAAAUAUCAAAACAAAACUAGCUAUAACGGAAAUAUUUGUGGGAUAUAAUUUUGUAGCAGCAAACCCCCCACCAACAUGCUUGACAUCAAUGCCUUGAAAUCCACCGCCACUCUAUUGGCAAUACCUGCUGCGGCUCUUCGUACCUCAGUUGGCGCCUUAAAUGCUGCCUCGGAGAUGUCGCGAGGGACAGAUUGCCAUGGCCACAUUUGUCAUCCUGUGGAACAAUUUUGCUAUCAAUUUGAAGCAGCCUGUGCAAAUUGUUCCAACGUCUGCAACUCCAAAGAUGCCAAAUAUGAGCCGAAUGAAUGUACUCGAGAAUGUGGUGAUUAUCUUAAGCUGCAACCGCUAAAAAAUGAAAUCCAUCAAAUUCAAAUGCAACAGAGUGUCAUACUCUACCUCUUGAUCUUGCUGCUUAUUAUCACUUGCCUUCAUUAUACCUGGAAAUGUCUCAAAUGGUUGCGACACAAACGCUGUGUGCAACAGGCGAUUAAGAAGUUGAAACUGAGAAGAAAAGAUCCUCUGCCACCGACAACUCAUGUGAAUGGCAAGGAUCUGGGCGGCACCACCAUACAGAAUAUGUGUGUGAUAAAUGACAUUGAGAGGGCACCAUCACAAAUCUACAGUAUGACAGGUGCUGAGGGUUCGGUGAUGACGGUGACUACACCAAUUAGCUCAAGACAUCCGGCGGAAAAUUCAACUCCCUCGCCACAGCCCAAUGAGUAUUCGUAUGAUAAUCAAGCACUGGCAGUGACGCCUGUUUCUGAGAAACCCGGAGGUUCGGCAGUAUUCUAAGUGUGUUACAGCACUGCAGAAGAUAUUCAAUGUCAUCACCAUCAACUUUCAUUUAACAACAAAUGUUGAAAACAUACUGUUGCAUAAUGAACGAUUGUUGGUCGAUGAUGAUCAUCCAUGCCUGCGGCAUUUAAUACUUAAUGGUCAGUCGGCUCGCAAUGUUGAGGAGUUUGAUUUUUCGACCUCUAAACUUUAUAUAGUCUUCCUGUAAUUCUAGUGAAUGCAAUAUUUAUGGCAAAUUUGAAUGGGAGGGAAGUCCCGUAAUGGACUUUUAGAUUUAGUAUUAAAUAUAGAAUUGUAAUGAUAUUAAAAGUAUUGUCAAAACAUACUCCAUCCAUUCAUCACCAUCCGCAUCAACUAGUGAUAGUUUGUACGCUUUAGUACUGUAAGUUUAUUUUUGUGUAAUUUAAUUAAGUUCUUAUGAUAUUAUUUUAUAUUAUGUUAGAGACUCAAAUAUACAUGUAUAUUAUAUUGUAAAAAUAUAUAGAACAAGAAUUUAAA